UAACCACCUUCACUGGCACGCCUCCUAUUCAGUCCCUGUUUCAACUCUCCACAACUCACAGAGCCCACAGAGAGUAACAAGAGAGAAAUGGGACACUCUUCCCACUCACUCACUCACUCACUCACUAACUAUCCAUCUCGUCCACUUGAAAAGCCAGAGGUUUUGAUAUAGAAAGAGCGUGCAUUGUGCAGCCAUUAAUGCCUUUUAUCUACUAAACGUGACUCCGUUUUUCACUACACGCCCCUUUAGCAAACUUCAGGAACACAAUUUCUUUCUCACUUUCAUUUACACACACAAACGCAAGAGCAGCUGCAUUCCCAAGUAUUGAGAGAGUGCUCUUGAAAUGGACCUUAGUAAGGCAACGCUAGAGAUCUUCUCCAAACUGGAGCAGAAAUGGCUCUCGCACUGUGAAACCACCAAGAAAACGCGAGUGCUAAGCAUUGAUGGUGGAGGCACAACUGGCAUUGUGGCCGCUGCUGCUCUCAUCCACCUUGAGGACCAGAUCCGCUUCAAAACUGGCGAUCCUCAAGCUCGGAUCGCCGAUUUCUUUGAUAUCAUUGCUGGCACUGGAAUCGGAGCUCUCCUCGCCGCCAUGCUCGCCGCCGACGAUGGUUCUGGCCGUCCGCUCUUCACUGCCAGAGACGCCGUUGCAUUUGUUGCCGACAAAAACUCCGACCUCUUCAAAGCGAAGCACGGUGGCUUCCUCCUCCGCCGCAGGAGGUUCUCUGGUAAGAGCAUGGACAAAGUAUUGAAAGAAGCGUUGAAGAGGGAUGAUGGAGCUAGUUUGACCUUGAAGGACACGUGUAAGCCUCUCCUUGUUCCUUGCUUUGACCUAAAGAGCUCUGCUCCUUUUGUUUUCUCCCGAGCAGACGCGACCGAAUCACCAAGUUUUAACUUCGAGCUCUGGAAAGUCUGCCGUGCCACGUCAGCGACUCCAAGCCUCUUCAAGCCGUUUAACUUAACGUCAGUUGAUGGCAAAACCUCGUGCUCCGCAAUUGACGGAGGUCUCGUGAUGAACAAUCCAACAGCAGCGGCAGUUACACACGUGCUCCACAACAAGCGUGAUUUCCCCACCGUUAAUGGCGUAGAGGAUCUGUUGGUUCUGUCAUUAGGAAAUGGAAGUGGAUCGCUGACUGGAAGGAAGCUCCGUCAUAACGGCGAGUGCUCGACGUCGUCUGUUGUUGACAUUGUGCUCGACGGAGUCUCAGAGACUGUUGACCAAAUGCUGGGUAACGCAUUCUGUUGGAACCGUAAUGAUUACGUCAGAAUUCAGGCAAACGGAUUAGCGAGCGUGGAGGAGGAGGUGCUAAAGGAGAGAGGAGUGGAAACGUUACCGUUUGGUGGGAAGCGGUUAUUGACGGAGACCAACGCCGGAAGAAUAGAGAGCUUUGUGCAACGACUUGUUGCUUCAGGGAAGAGUAGUUUGCCUCCUAGUCCUUGCAAGAACUCCGCCGUCAGUCCUCUCGCCAACAGUCGCUAACUAGUUCCGUGAAGUCCUUGUGUUUUAGUCUUUUUUAACCAUGUUAACCAAUCUUGGUUUACUUAACUAGUUAGUUAACCGUCUCUUGUUGAAGUAAAAUAGCAGCGGGUAAUUAUGACCCUUGAAUAAUUUAAGACCAUCUUAUAUUUC